AUGGCAGCUAAAAUCAAUAGUUCAAUCAAUCUGGGUGCUUGUGUUGGAUUGAAAGAGAUAGUAGCCUCUAAUGUUCGGAAUAGUAUCAAAGAUCGACUUGAUCCCUAUGCAGGCAAUGACUUUUUUGAUGAUGAAAAUUUUCGAGCUGCUCUUGAACGUAUGAAUGGUGGCUAUGAUAUCGCUCAAGAUCUAAUUCGCAUGAUGGAAGAUUAUUGUGAAAUCGGUCGAAAUCAUGCUCAAAAUCUUCUGUCAUUCAGUCGAAAAUGGAUCAAACAUUUCAAAAAUCAACCAAUGAUUUCAUCAUAUCAUACAACUAAACAUGCUCAAGUCGAUACAAUUCUUAUUGCAAGACAUUUUGCACGUAUUGAUGAUAAUCGUUGCAAUGCUUUACAAGCUAUAAUUAAUAAAUAUCGUAAACUUAUCGAUGAGACUUACACGCGUGUUCAUUUUGGACAUCGAUAUGAACAUUGUCGAUAUCGUGAAUUUAAAAAACUUUUCAAACGUGCUCACAUGUCUGUAGUCAAUGCAAAGACAAAUCUCGAUAAAUUACAUGAUCGAAUCCAUCGCAUAGAACAGAUUCUUCUGAAUGUAGAUAAAGAUUUUGAAAAAGUGGCAAAUAAUGAAGUUGUUAAUGAAAAAAAACUAAUGAAUAAAUCAAUCACUCAUACUAAAUACGAAAUUGAAUUAAAGCGACUUGAAACGAAAAUGAAAAAUGCUGAAGAGAUUUAUGUGAAUACCAAAGAAACAUAUCGAAAGAAAGCGAAAGAAAUUUUUUCCCAGUGUCAGGAAAUUGAAAAACAACGUCUAGAACAAAUUCGAGAGAUUCUUCUCGUAUUUAUUCAGACAAUGCAUAUAAGAAAUAAUGUUUCUGAAAUUGAAAAAAUCUAUGAUGAACUUAUCUCUAACAUCACUACUCAACAAAAUUCAUUGGAAGAUUUAGUUUUUUGGGCAAAUACCUAUGGUAUUGACGAAGAUGAAGAUGUUUUACUUCCUUUGUCGAAUGUUGAAUUGCAAACCACAACCAACGAUGAACUUCAGAUUCUAAUCACAUCUACAACAAUCGAAAGUAGUGCUAUAGACGACGACGACGACGAAGAGCACGAAUAUAAAGAUAACGAAAAAUAA